UGGAAACGUGCCAGCCUGUCCAUGCUCUCUCCGCGCCGCAGCCAAAACACCACGGCGUCAAGUAACUUAAACCGAGUGUAAAAGGCAAAACGAGACAAAGACAGACAGCAAGACCAGGCAGCCUGCUGCCGUGACGCUGUGCGUCUGGCUGAGGAGACGAGGGAUAAAGCUGCAACCGACUGAACCUCGCCUUCCUUUGCGGUCUCACAAGAGCAAAACAACAAGGCCGUGUCGCAUGUGAGAAAAGAAAGCCACGUUACGGAGAACUAUCAUGACAGAGACCACCAAAACGCACGUUAUUUUGCUGUCAUGUGGAAGUUUUAACCCCAUCACAAAGGGACACAUUCAUAUGUUCGAAAAAGCCAGAGAGUAUCUACAUAAGACAGGGCGAUUCAUUGUGAUUGGUGGGAUCAUCUCACCCGUACACGACUCCUAUGGCAAACCAGGUCUUGUGCCUAGCAGACACCGCCUCAACAUGUGUCAGUUGGCAGUGCAGUCCUCUGAUUGGAUCAGGGUGGACCCAUGGGAGUGUUAUCAGGACACCUGGCAGACAACCUGCAGUGUGCUGGAACAUCACCGAGAUCUCAUGAAGAGAGUGACAGGAUGUAUUCUUUCAAACGUGAACUCUCCCUCCACGACUCCUGUCAUUGGCCAGCCCCAGAACACCACUUCUGCUAUCUGUCAGAACCGCAACACAGUGGACAAGCCCACAGCCAUUAAGCUCUGGGGCAAGAUGAGUGAGAGUCUGGGCAAAAUCUGCUGCGUUCGCCCCCCUGCGGAGCGCUUCACUUUUGUUGAUGAGAACGCCAACCUCGGCACUGCAGUGCGCUAUGAGGAGAUUGAGUUGCGCAUCCUGCUCCUGUGUGGCAGUGAUCUGUUAGAGUCUUUCUGCAUUCCAGGUCUGUGGAAUGAAAGUGAUAUGGAGGUGAUUGUGGGGGAUUUUGGAAUAGUGGUGGUUCCACGAGACAGAGCCGACACAGAACGGAUAAUGAAUCACUCCUCUAUCCUCCGCAAGUACAAGGACAACAUCAUCGUAGUGAAGGAUGAUCUCAACCAUCCAAUGUCAGUUGUCAGUUCAACAAAGAGCAGACUGGCUCUCCAGCAUGGAGACGGCCAUGUGGUGGAAUACCUGUGUCAGCCUGUGAUUGACUACAUCUUGCAGACUCAGCUCUACAUCAACGCCUCCGGAUAGGAGUGGAAGAGAGUGACCAGUUGCCCCCCCCACCCCCACCCCCACAGCUGUCCUGUCGGUCUUCCCAUGUGUGAUUAACAGAAUAAUCCUCCCACACCACUGCUGAUUUCUUCUUGUAGAGGAGCGUUACCUAUCUGUCGUCCCUUCUAACUGUAUCAUAGUGACUUGUCGGGGCUAUGGUUGUGCAGCAUCGUGCCGAAGAGAGAUGUCAUCCACCAGUGGAAACUGACGGAAUGGGUCAGGUGGGCAAAGUGAUCCAGUGAGGAGAGGGAAAGUGAGAGUGGAGAGUAGGAGCAGGAAGACGAGGAGAGAGGGAGUGAGGAGAAAGGUGGGACACAUUACCCGCUGUAAUGUUGGCCUUGCUGUUGAUUUGAUACUGUCUGUUCUUCUAAUUGCAUGCCUAGAAGUUUUGUUUUAUCGCAUGAGUGCUUGAAUAGCCUCGUAGACUGUAGUCUGCUGUGACAGUGUUUGCAAAAGGCAAAGAGACUGCUCAGAUGCCUCUCAUCUCUUAACUUCCUUUUCUAUUUACAAUGACUCUGUGUAUAAAGGAACUUGGAUCGCUUUCAUUUUUGCGACUGCAUACUGUACUAUGAUGCCAUGGUCUGUCUUCAGUGUGCAUUAAUACAUAAGUAAUUUGAUCAUUUGGUUGCACAUUAAAAAAUGACCUUUCCUUUUGCUUACAUGCACAUUACUUUGCACAGCACUGGUUCUGCUUGCCAGGGGCAUAAGAUGCUAUUAACGUUUCCUUUGUUCAGUAAGCCAGUCACUGCCAUUAUACUGUAUACAUUUUAGCUGCCAGGUUUGUUAUAGCUGUGUGGUAUAGGUUUGAACUCACUGGCAGUCUGUCCACCUGUUUUGAUCUCGAUUGGAAACUUUUAGCCUUAGGACAUGGAGCUCGGGAAUGAGUGAUCAGAUGAAUGUAUCACUUAUAUUACAGACCAGUGCAGCAAGCGUAAGAAGGGACACAUGAAUGCACUCUAUUGUGAAGAAGCAACUGCAAGUUUACAAACAAAAAACCCGUUAGGUAGGAUAAAUGUGCUUCUAAGAUACUGCAAAAUUGUUUGAGGAAGUGCAAUUUAAGAUAACUAAAAGUCAAGAUACUGUAUAUUACAAUAUAAAGAGCACCAAGAACAAAAUUAUGCUUUUGUCACAUACCAAUAUUGUGUAUUUAGACUUGACCGUUAAAUCUAUAUUUUUGGUCACAUUUGUAUGCUCUGGGAUAAAUCUAUUGAUAUUGAGUAGGCUAGAACACAUUAUUAUGUUAUCUGCAAGGGCUGGAGGUCAUGUCAUUUCAUGAAGUACAACAGAAAUGAAGCCAAGGCCAUAACCUUGACUGUUAUGGUUACAAACCACACCACUUCAAUCCUCAUUAAUUCAUUAGUAGAAAAAUGGUUGAGUUGACUGGUUAAUUAAUGGUUGUGUUGAGUGGUGAAUUGUGGUUUGAGUUGAGCCUUUAGUUCUGUUGAACAGAUCGUUGUUUUGUUUGUUCAUAUUGUAGAAAUUAAAUUCUUUAAUAUUUGGUAACAUGCAUAAACUUUUAAAUGAAUUCCAACUUUUAAAAAAUUACUUGAACUUCCAAAUACUGUGAUCAGUGAUGGAUACUAUACUUCAACUGAAUGUUUUUGACCUACAGUGUGAUAAUAUCAAAAUCAUUUCCCCACUGUGUUUCAAAUUUUAUGCUUUUGGUAAUUCUCAAUAUUUAGUUGUUAAUAUGCUCUAAAAUUAAUCAAUCUACUUAACCCUAGAUGAGUACAUUUAAGAGUUAACACCCAUAACACAUUUUACUGUGCAAGCUUAGAGCCUCUUUCUUCAGACAUCUCCAAUGUUUUAAUGUAGCUAUGUGCUCAUUAUGUUACAGAACAGAGUUACGGUAGCAACAGGUGCAGCAGAAAGCACACGAAAAAAAUGUUUGCAAUUACUUUCAGCUAAUACUAAUCACAGCCACUAAUUUACUGUGUAUAAUACAAAAUUAAGAUUUAAAAUAGCUAUGACAUAGACGUGUGGCCACGCACACUUCAGCUGGUAUGGUUUUGGUAUCAUGGCCUUCAAUAUUACCUCUACAAUCCACAAAGCUUCCUACACAGACCUAUGCCUUUGCUAAUCUUAUCACACAGGCCAGAUGAGCAGUUACACUUACAUGACAAACUUUUAUUUUUGUUGCUAUUCUGAAUUUUUAGUUGCUUUUUAAAGCUUGAUUCCAGAUGUGGGUUGCUUUUUAAUCUGGUAUAUACAAGGUUAAAUAAAUACAGAGGCAUGUUAGAAGAUACUAGUAUUUGAUUUUGUUCUCAGACCUGUAAUUUGUGUUAAGUAAUCGUUUAUAUUGGCAAGUAUGUAAGAAGAAAUGGGUUACUUUUAUCAGUAGAUUACAUACAGUUUGGACGGAUCAUGGAUUCAAGGAUUCAACACUCAAUGUCGAUGGCAUCUUUUGCUUUGUUCAGCAGUGGAUAUAAUAUUUAGUUUAAUAAAAAUCAUCAAACAGUUA